AUGUGCAAGAGCUUACGGCUCGCAGAUUUGGGUGCAGAAGCACUCGGCAUCGCCCUGUCGGCUCUCGAGCGCUACCCGGUGCUGGAGAGCCUGGAGAUCGUCCAGUGUGAGCUCCGCCCGAAGCUAAAGUUGCUGCUGGAGGCCCUGGAGAAGAUCAAGCUUCGGCAGCUCCACCUGCAGCAGAACGAGCUGUUUGAGGAGGGCACCCGCCAGGUCAUCGAGGCCUUGGCUUUGCAGUCCAACGAUACGCUUGCCGCACUGAGUCUCGGGCACGACGGCAUCGGCGUCGCUAAUGUCAAGGCUUUGGCCCAGGCUCUGCGGACAAACAGCGCUUUGAUCGAGCUGAACCUGAGCCAUGCCUGCCCAAGCAUCGAUGGCAUCAUCGCUCUCGCGGAGGCAAUCAAGGAGAAUCGGACCCUCAAGCAGCUGAGCCUUUCGGGAGCCACAGUCGCAGAGGAAGGCGCUUUCGCCCUUCUUGAGGCUCUCCAAACAAGCGGGGUGGAGCGGCGGCUCGAUCUGACGGGCUGCGAUUGGGGCGAUUUGGGUAAGGCCGCGGCGGCACUGGCCAGGGCCCUCCAAACCGGUCAGGUGAAGGGCACGGUCACCCACCCAGCGCUGGAGUUCCUGUGCAUGUUGCAGGACGAAAGACUCAAAGAGCUCGAGGAAGCGCAGAAGUUCCAGCUCAGCAGAAGCGGGUUCCAGAAGCUCUUCGAGCCGCUCUGCCGGGCCCUGCCAGAGCUGAAACUUCGAGAGCUCUUCCUCGGGCUCAACUGGCACGGCAGCGAUGACGAGGCCCGGGCCCUGGCCGCGGGCCUGCGCCAACAAAAGGGGCUGGAGCGGCUGGAGUUGCGUCUGUUUGAAAACUCCCUGGGCGAGGAGGGCGGAAAGGUCCUGGCCUCCGCCCUCGCCCGGCUGACGGAGCUCAAGGAGCUCGAGCUGGAGCUGUCCCAGAAUAACAUCGGUGAUGCAGGCGCCGCAGCUGUGGCUGAGAGCCUGUGCCAUCUGCGGCAGCUCACGGGGCUCAAAGUUUGGCUGUGCAAAAACGCGCUCGGCCGGGGCCUCGAGGCGAUCCAAGCCUUGGAUCCUUGUUCUCAGUGCAGCCCAAUCCCCACGCCGAAGUUUGAAGAGACGGGCGCUGCUGGCGCCACCGCAGUGGUGGUGAGCCUUCGAGAGCUGCCGCAGCUCGCGGAACUCAAGGAGCUCACCUUUGACGUUUCUUGGAACCAGAUCGGUGUUGCAGGCGCCGCAGCUGUGGCUGAGAGCCUGCGGAAUCUGCGGCAGCUCACGGGGCUCACGGUUUGGCUGACGGACAACGCGCUCGGCGCUGCCGGCGCCACCGCAGUGGUGGAGAGCCUGCGAGAGCUGCCGCAGCUCACGGAGGUCGAGGUUCAUCUGCAAGGCAACAAACUCGGCGAGGAGGAGAAGGAAAAGCUCCGGGCCACCUUCGAUGCGCUGGCGGUGCAGAAAAAACGCAUCGAGCUUUGA